AGUAUUAUUAUUAUUAUUCCUACUUUUCCCCUCCUUCAUAUUAUUUUCCCUCCCUUUCCCUCUCUCUCUUUGGUUCGCACUAUUCAAUGCCAACCAUAUCUUCCGAACCCCUCGACCAAGGAUCUCCUCCCUCUCCUCAUCAUCACCAUCAUCACCAUCUCUCUUCUUCUUCCUCCUCUUCCUCUCCUGAUAAUAUCAGCAUCCCCCCUCCUCCUGUUCCUGUUCCAGUCUCUCCCCCCCUGGUUCAACUUCCACGCCCUGCCACUGCCUGUUCCACCUCGUCUAUCACACCCUCCGCCUCCGCUGCUUCCCCUCCCAAUCAGCAACCCGAUCCUGUCGACUUCACCACCACCACUCCCACCACUGCGACCACUUCUGCAAAUCCCCCAAACCCUCUAGGUUCCGUCAUAGGUUCGAUCUCCCGACGCAAUCGUCGUUCCUUUGCUGCUUUGGCCCGUGAAAAGACCUCGAGUGCCAUUGCCAGUCUUUCUUCCAUUGGAGGUCCCACAACCUACGGUCUUCGCUCCUCUGCCUCCUCCGGAAGUCUCUCCAAGCAUUCGCGCAAGGCUUCUCAGCUCAGCGCCAGCGAACCCACCACCACUCUCUCCCCCUUGACUCCGCCAUUGUCCGACGGUAGUACCAGCAGCGAGCAAUUGAGCCCCGCUCCCGUGGACUUUCCCCCUCGCUCCUCUUCCCCGGCCGUGGCCGACUGCCAGCAACCCAGUCUGGUCGAUAGACGUCGCUCUACCCUCCAGCGGAUUCCUUCUUUGCCUGAACAGCAAUCGGACGCUGGGUCCGCUAUACCGCCCAAGAUGCAUCAAACUUCUUCGAGAUUGUUGCGUAUGACGGAAGAUGAUCGUCCUUUUACAAAGGAUUUCAUGGAUCUGUUUUCAACCUUGAUGGUCAGUUUAAAGUUGGACUCGCAUCGGGUACGAUUCACCAAGUAUGAUCAUUCGUUCACCUCCGAAGAAGCCAUCAACAACCUCGGCUCGCUCAAAUUCUCCCAAUCCAACCGUAUGCCUGACCCCAAGGACCCAUCUCGUAUCGUCACCACAACUACCACUACCACCUUCUCCAUGGCUAAGGAAAUGGCCCGCUCUGUGUGCCAGCGUUUCGUUGAUGCUCGUUUCAUCGAGCCGGUUGACGGCAAGGCCCUGCCGAUCUUUCCUCUCAAGGGUGCCUUGUUUCAGCUCACCCCGAAAGGUAUUAACAUCUUGCAACGGUUCUGCCAGAGAAACGGAAUUACCGCCCGCCACGUAAUUGACGUGUUGGAGUCGCCCCGCAACACUAUGCAACUGGUCAAUUUGGAGCGUGACUCUGACUCGGACAAGCUGUCGCACGAUCGGGCCACCAUCGAGGUCAUCUUCCGCCGGUUUGCCGGCCAGGAUGGCCCCAAUGUCAAGACUAGCAUCUCCACUUCGGAUUCUGACUCCCUGAGUGAUUACUCCAACGGCCUGGUUGGUGUCAAGAUGGCCAAGGAGCGCAAGGUUAAUGAGAAGAUCGUCAUGAACACUUUCACCGGUAAGGCCGCGGUCGACUGGCUCAUGGAUUGCUCCACCACAAUUGAGCGUCGGGAAACCGUCCUUAUCGCCGAACUUUUCGUCAAGUACGGAUUGAUCACCAUGCAGCAAGACGACAAGUCGUAUCCUCAACCAGACACAGCCAUUGCCGCCUUCCAGCCAUCCAAGCACGCCAUCUACGGUAUCACAGACCGAGGACAGCGCGUAUGUGGGUGGAUCGCACGGGAAAAGUCCCGCGACACCAUCACCUACGACAGUCGGGGUAUCCCGAAGGACUCGAACAACGCUCGGUUGAACCACAUCCUCCACGACCCCGCCCUGCGUCUGCUCUUCCGUGAAUUCCUUCGUUUCUCCCUGUGUGAAGAGAACUUGUCUUUCUACCUCGACGUCUCCGAAUUCACAUCCAACUACCACAAGGCCGACAAGGUUGGCAUCUUCAAGAAGGCUGAUGCAGUCCGUGAAACUCUUGCCGCCGCUUAUGGCCUGUACAACGCCUUUUUGGCCCCUGGCUCCCCUUGCGAGCUUAACAUUGAUCACGCGCUGCGCAACAGUCUGGCCAGCCGUAUGACCAAGGCCGUUGGAGACGAUGACUCCAUGUUCAAGAGUCUUCAGGAGGUUGUGUCUCUGUUUGAGAUGGCACAAACCUCUGUUUUCAAGUUGAUGUCUAGUGAUUCCGUUCCCAAGUUCAUGCGUGAUCCCAAAUACGCCGUCGUCCUUCAAGAACACGAUGUGGACCUGAUUGGUGCCUCAAGAUCUUACUCGCCUACCGCCGCUCCGCUUCCAGAACGCUCUAUGAGCCGUUCGGCUCGUGCAUGACAUGAGGACAUCAUCCACUUUUCGUGACGCAAUGUGAUUCCUAACCACCACGAGGCCGCUUAUGCGGAUCUUGUGUGAGAUAUCUCAGUCCAUACAGCUCCUAGCAUUUUGGAGCUGU